CCCACCCCCAUUUGUUGUAUGUUUAACUCUGCAACCAUAUUACUAGUUUUUAUUGCUGCCAAAUACACAGGACUUUUCCUGUUGCGCAAUCUGUCACAUCCCCUUAAAAGGCCGGCAGCAGUCCUUCCGCAAGGGCUCUCCUCCCCCACUCUUUAGGAAAAGAGUCCCCCACGCGAUUAUUAGGGUCCUUGAUGGGGGCCGUCCCUCCAGCGCGGUAACCAGGCUCCCAAGCCGAGCAUCGCCCGCCUGGAGGAGGCCAGCCCUGCCCUCUGCAGACGUCGACGUAAAAUUGUCCCCCACCUCCCCUUGGGUCAGCCUCUCUAAGGACUUUUGUCAUUUCCCUCUUUUUAAAUCUCGCACCCCACCAGCAGCAGGAUUAGCGACCAGUGAGUUCGCAGCCACACAAACGCACACACUUGAUUUCGUUGAUUUUAUUGCUUCCUUCUCUGAAUGGGACCGCAGAACACGCGGGGGAGUCCCCCCCACCAUCCACGCACCCUGGACACCAUUCUGCACUGGGGCCAAGAAAACAAGCGGGGGAAGGGAACAGGUUAAGGAAAACAAGAGACACAAUCAGACCACAGAAAAGCCGGGAGAAAGAGUUCCACGGGGAAAGGAAUGUGGCUGUCCAGAUAAAGACUGUUUGUCGUCCGGCCUGGCCUGCAUUGAAAAUUAUAACUCACCUGGUCGCCUUUCACUGCUGGCUCUCUACCACCCCUUAAGCUUUGCUAUCAGCUCCCACCUCCCUCUCUACCUUUGGCUUAAUUCUCACCUUAGAUAGGCACAGGGCAGGAGCCAGGGUGCAGAGAUAAGGCAAGCCCUUUAAUUCCUUAAGAAGUAUACCCUGUGCUUUCCUUUAUUUCUUCAAAGGUGCACCCUGGGCCUCUCUCUGGCCUCCAGGUGAGGGAGAGGGGUGGAGCCCCGCACAGGUGCAGAGAAAUGGGACCACAGCAAGGGGGUGGGGGGCACCCUGGAGUAGGUGUGGGGCAUGACCAAGGGUGCCCUGGUGGGGUCUCCAGCCACUGUCUGAAAACAGGCAGUUAACUCAUCUGCCUCCCAGGCCACAGAGGCCUCUGGAAGUUCAGAAUUUGGAGGCAGGCAGGCCCUUGGCUGUCUCCAAGGGGACCUGCUCCCUGCAGACCCGCCUGCCGCACUCCAGGGCACUCUCUUCUGAGCUGGCUGGGCCCCACGCCAGGCCUUCUCUCCCCACUUCUCCGCACAGUGCCUCAGGGACCAGACAGCAGCCCAAGGGGGUGGGUAGCGGGCCGGAUGCUAACGUCUGUGGGGUCCCCCUUCUCUUGGCAGAGGUGUAAGGACAAGUUAAAUGCUUUGGCCAUCUCAGUGAUGAACCAAUGGCCGGGAGUGAAGCUUCGGGUGACCGAGGGCUGGGACGAGGACGGCCACCACUCGGAGGAGUCACUGCACUAUGAAGGCCGCGCCGUGGACAUCACCACAUCCGACCGCGACCGAAGCAAGUACGGCAUGCUGGCACGCCUGGCAGUAGAGGCCGGCUUCGACUGGGUGUACUACGAGUCUAAAGCUCACAUCCACUGCUCCGUGAAAGCAGAGAACUCAGUGGCGGCCAAAUCGGGCGGCUGCUUCCCAGGCUCGGCCACGGUGCACCUGGAACAGGGCGGCACCAAGCUGGUGAAGGAUCUUCGCCCUGGGGACCGCGUGCUGUCGGCCGACGACCAGGGCCGGCUGCUCUACAGCGACUUCCUCACCUUCCUGGACCGCGACGACGGGGCCAAGAAGGUCUUCUACGUGAUCGAGACGCGGGAGCCCCGCGAGCGCCUGCUGCUAACCGCCGCGCAUUUGCUCUUCGUCGCGCCGCACAACGAGUCGGGCGCUGGGCGGCCGCCGGGGGGCGCGCCGGGGCGCCGGGCGCUCUUCGCCAGCCGCGUGCGGCCGGGCCAGCGCGUGUACGUGGUGGCCGAGCGCGGCGGGGACCGCCGAUUGCUGCCGGCCGCGGUGCACAGCGUGACGCUGCGCGAGGAAGCCACGGGCGCGUACGCGCCGCUCACGGCGCAGGGCACCAUCCUCAUCAACCGGGUGCUGGCAUCGUGCUACGCGGUCAUCGAGGAGCACAGCUGGGCGCACCGAGCCUUCGCGCCCUUCCGCCUGGCGCACGCGCUGCUGGCUGCGCUGGCGCCGCUGCGCACGGACCGCGGCGGAGACGGCGGCGGCGGAGGCGGUGGCCGCGUCCUGCCUCCCGCGCCAGGUGCGCCGGAGGCGGCGGAUGCGCCAGGGGCCGCGGGCAUCCACUGGUACUCUCAGCUGCUCUACCAAAUAGGCACGUGGCUGCUGGACAGCGAGGCCCUGCACCCUCUCGGCAUGGCGGUCAAGUCCAGCUGAAGGCCGGGGCGGGGAGUGCGGGAGGAGGGGGGCAACCGCAAGAUACAGCAAAAGACACACGGAAAAGCGCACGGAAUGAGACGUUAAUUAUAACAAUAAUUAAUAAUAAUAAUAAAGUAGGACAGCCCGAAGUAGACCAUAAGGAAACAAAGACCCUGGGAAGUUUUGUCGUCGUGUUUUUAGUUCAUAUAUAUUUUUUUGAAUUUUUCGGUUGUUUUAUUUUGGUUAUUUUUUUCCACCUCUCCUGGCUAUUUAUUUGUUUGGUAUGAAUAGAUGUUUUAAAUAAUAUGAACCGGACCUUCAAGAGCCUUAAAUAGUUUGUUUCUUGGAUAAUUUAUUAUUGUCAUGUGAACUGUACUCACAGGGGGAGAGAUUAUUUUGUGAGGCCAAGCGACCCGCUCAGAGUCUAUUUUUCUACAUGUCCCUGGUUCUGACUUUCAGAAAGCGAAAUUCUGUCCUCUGUCCCUCUUUUGCCAGCUCCUGCUUCUCCGCAAGUGUAAACUAAAACAUGCUUCAUGGGGGUCCACAAAUUAUAUUUUUAUACACAGAAUUGUAAAUUAGAUUUUUUGAGAGAUCAAUACUUAACUGAAUUACAUUUCAUUUUUGAAAUAGUGUAAAAUAUGAAGAUAUAUUAUUUUUAAUUUAACUAGUUUCCAAUGUAACAGCCAUCUCCUCUCUUAUCUUCAUGGUUUAAUAUUUGCUUUGUCAUCACCAUUUUGGCCACAUUCUUGGAAGUCAAGACUGUUACACACUCACACACACACAUUUCUUUCUUUUUUUCUUUCUUUCCUUUUUUUUUUUUGACAAACUGGAAGAACUCUGUUAUUUUUAACUUCAAAGAAUUUAUUAGAAAAUAAUAUUUUUUAAAAGCGCACAUAGUGAUGAGCCCACACGGAUGGAGCCUGUAGUUUGUACAGAGAUAAACAAAGGAUGUUUUUGCAUUAAUAAAUUGAGAAAUAACUGCUGUAAAUUUA